AUGGAGAAUGUUGUUGAUUUAUUUUUCUGUGUAGUUAAAAUGGCUAGUCGUCGGAUGUCUCUUAGUGUUCAUUGGGAUGGACAGUUAGAUAUUGAUGGGAAUGGUCCUCGAUAUUUCGGUGGUCGAAAGAAAUUGAUUGCGAUUCGUUCAGAUACGACCUAUGCGAAUUUUGAGAGGAGAAUGUAUCGUUUAGUAAAUUGUAAUAGAGAAGAAUGUUGUCUUAAAUACACAAUUCGAUGCCCUACGGGAGCAAAUGAAUAUAUUGCUCAUGAUAUAGUAGAUGAUGAAUCAUUGGAGGGAUUAAUUGGAUUGUUUGAACAUUAUGGAUGUGUGUCGCUAUAUAUAGAGAAAGAUUUAUGUCCUUCAGAGACACAAUAUCAGUCGCAAGGUUAUUACACAAGCCUGCUAUAUAAUGAUAUCGAUGUGGGAUUUUCGGAGAAUCCAAUUGGUGACCGUGAAGUUGAUAAUGAACAAGGCGUAAGAAUGACAAGGUCAGUAAUAUACCUCAAGAUUGCGAUUACAUGGCGGCCGUACACAGAUGCUGUAUUAGAGGUGCUACCAGCAUUCUGUGUACAGGGCAGUGAGGUAUGGCGAUCGCGGACCACGCUGAUUUAUUUUCAUAUCGUCGAGCUUCACGUGCCCGAUCAAGUCCCUCGGCAGUUUGGUCUCCUGCAGCAUAUACCUAUUCAUGUGGAGACCAUCCGUCGCUUUACAUCUCAGGGGCGGCCAGAUGAGCAUUGGGGCCACUUUCAUGCUGCACACAUCGAGAGAUGGGGACAGCGAUUACAGUCUAUUAUUGACCAGCAUCUGAUUGUCGGUGAUGAUCCAGUACAGGCGACCUCGAUUUAUAUGGAGUGGUACUGGCAGAUCACGAGACGAUGGAUUUCUCGUCCAGUACAGCGUCCACCAUUGACUUACCAGCCUCGUGGCCAGACCGAGAGAGCUUUGGUGGACGCUAUACGACAGACACAGUAUAGCAUCAGGAGCCUAGUUCAUGAUCGACCUUCUUAUGAGGCGAUGAUUGAUGUAUUGACGGGUAUCGAUAUUGAUCUUGAGAGUGUACUGGAGUACAUUCCUACUAUACCUGUCGCCACUGAUAUCAGAGGUCGAGAUUUUGGACAUGCAUCGACAUCGGGUCAUCACCACCGUCAGACACCGACAUCUGCUGGAUCUCCAUCUCCUAGUGAUGUUGCUGAUAUACCCGCCGCCCCUGAGAGAUUUCCUACUAGGCCAUUGGACUUGGACUUGCUUUUGCCGCCGCCAGUCUCUAGAGAUCACUUUACAUUCGUCUAUUCUCGACGUCAUGCCGCGUCUUCAUCACAAGCCCGCCCAACAUCUAGACCAGCCACUAUCGAGGAGACUCAGGCGAUACCGGAGCAUCGCGAGGGCGUUAUGAUUGCGGAUCUCGAUGCGAUGGCCGAUAUCGAGCCAAUUGAUGACAUACCUAUUGCUGAUCUCGUUGUAGAGGGUGGCCGUAGACGUGGACGUGGCCGUGCACGAGGACGUGGCCGAGGACGUCGAGGGAGAGGACGAUCGAGAGGCUGAUUGUAUAUUUUUGAUUUAGAUAACUUAGACUUUGUAUAAUAUUAUAUAAUACUGA